AUGGCCAAAGUGGCAGCCGCAGGCGCUGUGCUGACCGCACCGGAGGCGGCUCACGCGCGGCUUCCAGAGGAGUUCGUGAUCUUUGCGCCAAUCGUGGACGUGCUGCCAAUCUUGCCCGUCUUCUUCUUCCUGCUGGCCUUCCUGUGGCAGGCAGACCUCCCCACAGCAUGCACGGACUCCUUGCCUGUCAGCCUCCAGGACGAGAGAUUUUGCUCCGGCAUAGCGUGCUCCAGCGCCCUCGUGCUCCUGGCCGCCCUGGCGGCGCUCUGCCUACUCCAGAGCGCUUUUGUCAGCCCCGGCAGCCAGAAUCUGCGAGGAGAGGUGACUUGGAGACGACCGGUCUCCCAGGAUGUGGCCAAGGCAGCCGCAGUGGGAGCUGUGCUGGCCACCCCCGAGGCUGCACAUGCGCGGCUGCCCGAGGAGUUCGUGAUCUUCGCCCCGAUUGUGGAUGUGCUCCCGGCCGCUGGCCAAGAUGCGCUCACGAGCUGCCGUCGGCUUCCGCUGAGCGGCUUGGCGUCGGUGACGGGGACAGAGGGACCGAAGCCCGUUCUUGCAAGCCCCUUUGCCCUGAAUCCCAGAACCCCAUAA